CACGAGCUACAGCACCCUCCCCUCCCACCUGCAGAGCCAGCCCAGUGCCAGCGACAUGGCCGACAGCAAGGCCAGGCCCAAGGCCACUGACCGGACGCCGCCCAAGUCCCCCGGGGACCCUGCAAGGGACAAAUCAGCCAAGAGGCUGUCCUUGGAGUCGGAAGGUGCCAACGAAGGGGCGGCCGCAGCCCCCGAGCUCAGUGCCCUGGAGGAGGCCUUCCGGCGCUUCGCGGUGCACGGGGACACCAGGGCCACUGGGAAGGAGAUGCAUGGCAAGAACUGGUCCAAGCUAUGCAAGGACUGCCAGGUGGUGGACGGCAAGAACGUGACCGUCACCGACGUGGACAUCGUCUUCAGCAAAAUCAAGGGCAAGUCCUGCCGGACCAUCACCUUCGAGCAGUUCCAGGAGGCUCUGGGGGAGCUCGCCAGGAAGCGCUUCAAAGACAAGAGCAGCGAGGAGGCCGUGCGCGAGGUGCACCGGCUGGUGGAGGGCAAGGCGCCUGUCAUUUCUGGGGUGACGAAGGCCGUCUCUUCGCCCACAGUGUCACGCCUGACCGACACCACCAAGUUCACCGGCUCCCAUAAGGAGCGCUUCGACCCGUCGGGCAGGGGCCGGGGCAAGGCAGGCCGCGUGUUCCUGGUGGACGAGUCGGGCUACGUCCCGGGCUACAAGCACGCGGGCACCUACGACCAGAAGGUGCAGGGGGGCAAGUAGCCCCCGGGGCGGCGCCGAGAUGCAGCCGUGGGAGCCGCCGCCAUCACGUCCGCAUCCAUUCCAUCCACGCUCACGAGGGCAGAAACCAGACGGUUCUCAGCCUGGAUGGAUUGGGGCGACACCCAGGCCCCCACCCUGACACCCCCACAUUACCUCUCAGACCCUGACUCUCUGACCCCACGAACAUACCCACCUUGCCCCGGCCUGGGAGUAGGAGUGGGCUUCGAAGCAUCUCCUGUCACACCCAGGCAGGGGCACUUGUGGCUCCCAGGCCGUGGGAGAGACCUCCCUGGCCUCCUGGCCGGCAGACGCUUCCAGAGCCCGCAGGCUGCAGGCGCUGACUGGCAGCACAGAUAAACAGUUACCAGGACAGGGCCAGAACGGUGUCCGUGAGGGCCCAGGCCCACCCGUGCACCCCAGAGUCAAGGCCGCCUGGGGCUGGGUGGGGCAUGUGGCACCCCUGUGUUGUGCAUGGCUGUGCUGAGGCUCGAGGACAGUAGCUCUCGGCUGGCGGAUGGCUGCUCGGGGUGGACAGGUCUGCUGCAGAGCUUGCCCAGGAGUAAGAAGAGACGGGGGCCUGGCUCAGGACGCCCUGUCCCACUGUCACCGGGGUGGGAGACUAGACAGGACUCCUGGGUGUGGUGUCGCACUCCUGCUGGCACACCCUGUCAGCAACCUCCCGCCCAUACUGUCAUCUCUGCCCUCUGCAACCUCCCUGUACCCCAAAGUGUGGGAGACCAGACCGAGUCCCAGGGAGAUGCCAGGCCACAGCCUUGUCCUCAGGGGCCGCCCAGCAUGGGAGCCAAAGCAGAGACUGUCCAGUGCACCCGCCCCACACCAAGGCACAGCUGUCUGCACCUGUGAGGGCCAGACACCCCCCCACUGGGAGGCCCCAGUGCCGGCCACCCCCUCACAGGGGUCUCCAUGGCGAUCUGCACCUUGGCCUCGUGCAGGGCCAGCCCGGCGAGAGCCGAGGCCACCCGGGGAAGUGUGUCCAGGAGCAGUGUGACGUGGCCGCUGGCCAACAACUACCAGUUCCUGGCCAUCCUACCUCCUGCCUGCCUCCUCUGGGCCAGGAGAGCGCCAGGCCGAGUGAAGAGGGGCCAGGCAGAGCCCCCAGCUCACUGGCACCCUGAAGGACGGGUCUCUGCCAGAUCCCUCAGCAGGGUGGGCUGCUGGGAGCUUCUGAAGCAGUGCCGGGUCAGACCCCAUCAGAGCGAGGUGCAGGCCUCAAGGACAUUGUGGAGGCCAUCACCCUGCUGGGUGGAGAGGGCAGGCGUGUCCACCCAGGCCUGUGUGCCUCAGUGCCCCACCAGACCAUGAGUCUGUGAAAGGGACACAUGGGCAGUGUCUGGAAACCCUUCUGAGCAUGCACUGUGUUCAGAAAUCCCAUCGCCACCUGAAAGCCCGUGUUCAGAAGGCUAACUGUCACCAGUGGCCACCGAGCAGGACUCCUCUUGGGUCUGUGAGGACCCAGGCCCCACCUCGCUCCUGCUCCCUCAUGCCUGCCCCUGUCCUGCCAUGUGGGCUCGCCACCUGCUGCACUUCUGUGUCCUGCCUGUGCCUAGCCUGGUCCUUUCCCAUCACAGCCACGCCACACAGAGCACGCAGAUCCUGCAGGGACUCGGCCGGAGCUGUGUGCCCAGUCCAUGCAGAGGGUCAGGCCAGGGCACCACUGCAGGGGCUCACACCCUGUGCAGCAGGCAUGAAAGCCCUGGGAUUUUGCUGUGCCAGGACAGUCCUGACCAGGGGGGCGUCUUCAGGCAUGUGGGACCCCCCCCCAACCAGCUCUUAACCAAGCAAGCCAGGGUGAGCCUGCCUCGGCGCACCCUCAGAACUCGGACCCAAGCUGAACAUGAGUGCCCAUGCUCAGGGCCCACUCACCUCACAGGGAGGCUCCUGUCACAGACCUGCCACCUGGCCCAUGUGGUCAGCACUGCCCUGGAGCCGGACCGUGCAGCCAAGGGGCGCAGUGCACACCUGGCCUGAGGCACACCACAGCACCCACAGCCAGCCCCAAAGCUGUGCCCCUUAGAGAAGCAGCAUUCACUGCCAACGACACUCCAGGACAGCCUGGUCACUGUCCGAGCUCUGGUUUCUGAGACCAAGAACCCAUGGCCCUCCCCGUGGCCCUCCCCAUCCUAGCUUGGGGCUCCCUAGGUCUCCUGGAGGGAGAACCCACACCCCAGGCUCCCCCUCCACCUGGCUCACGGGGAAGCACUGCGCACCUGGCAUGGUGUGUCGGACAGGCCCAGGUUUCACAUGCACACAGCCAGGGCUGCACCCUUGAGCCGUUCCCUCUCUUCCCACCGGCACCCAGCAUGGAGGAGCAGCAGCUCAGUCGUGAGGUCUGAGUGGUCGCGCCGUCCCGUGAGCAUCACCUGGGAGCAGGGCUAGCGUGUGUGUGACUGUGAGGACGGACCACCUGCAUCUCACCUGCAGACACGCGGGUUCCCAUGUUUCUGGGUAUUCCGAGGACUCAGCAGGCACUGUCCUUGUUGCAUGUUUUAUGCAGUGCCAGUUAGCUCUUAUUAACCACAGUGGGGAGGGCUCAGCAUCCGUCUGUGAAUAACCAAACUGCCCAGCCUCACACCCAGGAGACAGGGCCAGGUCCCGCCGGGGAACGCAGGAGUCGGGCCAGGUCCCACUGGGGAUACACAGGAGACAGAGCCAGGUCCCACCGGAGACACUCAGGAGUCGUGUCCAGCCAAGAGAGGCCAGGUGAUGGCAUCUGAGUGGCAGGAGUGUGUCUAAGAACACCGCACCAGCAAUCUUACUCAUUUCUAUUUAAUGCUACAGGAUAAGCAACUAGGUAGUGGUAACAAUUAGCUUUAUCAAAAUCAAAGUGCAAAUUACACGUUUAAAGUACCACAGCGAAGCAGUGUGUGUACUGGAGCACUUUUACACCGGCUCGUAGCCUCAGCCUUGCUCCUGGUGGCAGACUAGCUGAGGGCCCGUGCUGCCCCCGUGGGAGGGCUGUCUCGCUGGCAUGCCUCCUCUCCCCGGAGCCGUGGGGCCGGUGCAGGCAGCCAUGGGCAGGGCCCGCUGUUGUAUGAACUGAGCGCUCCUGGCUCCGGCCGCACCCAGGGUCACAUGCCAGCUGCUUCUGCACCAUAGCUGGCAGGGCCUUGAGCCAGAGGCACCAGGGCCCUCUUACCUGCGAUAUUUAGCGUCCCCCUGGCUUAUUCCCCCUCCCGGUCACUGUGGGCACCUGGCUACCCCUUGUGCUGCAGCGCAUGCCACAGGGGACAUGCAUGCCACCUGUCCCAAUAGCCCCGGCCGACGGUCGGCUGUACUGUGAAGUCCUGACAGGCUACAAGUCCUUCCAGUGCUGAUCUCGAGCAGCCCUUCCCCCGGCUGACUACUGACCCCAGGAGCCGUGACGGGUGACGGGAGGGUGCUCCGAGACGCGGCAGGGACCUCCCUUGUCCUUAGACCUAACAAAUGAAUCUAAGCCCAACGACAAAGGAGCCUGCAUAACUCAGAAGAAACUUGAAAGGGCGAAUACUACUAGUUUGUACUAGGUUUUUUUCAAGGAAGGGAAACAGAUUUAUAUAUAUAUAUAUAUGCAGUCUAUUUUUACACUGUCUUACCCACGGGGAGAGCGGAGCGUCUCACUUUAUCACUGAGGGUGUGGAGGUCAGGGGCGUCCUGGCCCUGAAAGCAUUCGCCAAGAUGUGGUGGUGUGGGGUGGACCUGCUGUCCUUCCGCAGAGCACAUGGCAUGGUGUCACUCGCUGGACGGUCUGUCUGGGCCUGGCUGGCAGACUUGGUGAAGCCGCUCGUGUCUGUCUGUCUGUCUGCAUAGUGCCCCCUGUGUGUCUGCUAACGCUGUCUCCAGCUGGUAAAGUGGUGAAUAAAGAUGUCAGACUGUG